AUUCAUUGGUUGCUGUGAUAUAAACAGGUCCACAUCCUUCAUUCUUAGUUCAAGGCUGACGAUAAGUGAUAUCAUAAAUCACAUUUUAAGUUAGCGGAUAUCUGACCCUGCAAACUGGUAAGUUCACUAGUGUAUCUUAUAACGCCUCAGAUGGUUGUGAUGAUUUUCACAAGAUGAUCUUUUUCCAAGAACAUUUUUUCCUUGCCGUGAUCUGAACAUCGAGACAAAAGUUAAAAAGCAUGUUACUAUUUCCUAAUGACACCAACUUCUUUCAGCCAGGAGUUUAAAUGGAUGGCAUUAAACUUUCAAGGAAAAUUGACAAAAUACUGGAGAGAAAUUAUGUGGGAUCGUCUUUUAACUGUUCAUAGGGAUAGGCGUAACCUUGAAACGCUCAAAACACGCUACUGAAACUAGAUUUAACGCUGCUAAAAUGUAUGAGUCACACUCCGCUUAACUUAGGUGAUCAUUUACACUGUUUUAAAAGUUACGUACUUCACUUGCAUCUGAAUGGAAAUUGAAUGAAAGACACGUUCUUACACUCAGGGAACCAUGAAAGUUGUCAUAGUUGCAUUGAUACUGUGCUGUGCCGUCAUCAAUGGUAAGAACGAAGUGCAAUUUUAACAUUGUUCACUCUAAAAAACCUUCAUAAAAUACACUAUCUUCGCUGUCUUCACUGCACCAAAUCCGAAGAAAGUAGCUAACCAUGAGCCGGUCAUGAAGGCACCGGUUCAGAUCCCAGGUCAACGAUGAGCGAUUUUCCCUGUCGUUUUCUUUCUACUUGAGUAGGGUUCUCUAUAUCUGGGAUUCGAGUCCAAGGGGAUCUUCAUAAUUAUUUUUAAGACGUAGUUGAACUCAUGGGAGUAUUUUUGAGGAUCAGCAAUUCUUGCAAUUCCUUUGAUCGCACUAUGUUUAAGAAACCAAUAAACGUCUCUCUUCCUUUGCAAGAUUAAUGAAGUGGUCAAUAGCUUGUUGUCGAAAAAGCAAUAAAAAAUAGAAACGGGAUGUACAAAUCCGUCUCCCUGUAGCAAGCUAGAUUUGGUUGGUUUUCAGAGUCUUACUUUUUCGAGCACGGAUGAAUCGAGUAUCGAUAACUCUUACGAUAUAUAUUCAGCAAUGCUCUAAAAUGCUUCUUCUUGAUGUUACUUUAUCCUUAUAAUCUGCUCAACCGUUUUAAGCGUAUGGGCGCCCAAUUGAACAACUGGACGAGAAACGCGUUUACAAACGAAAUAAUCCAGAGAAAGAUUCAACACUGGUCAUGAGAGGUAAAUAAAAAAAUUGCUCUGCUCGUUCUUAUGUUAAUCACAGCUCUCUUUAAUAGUUUCAUUAAUUCAAUAAUACAGAUAAAUAUCUUUUUUUGGUUUGAAAUUGUUUGUUACUCUACCUAUCUAUUCCAUUUGUUUUAAGCUUUGUUUGCUUGUUUACAUGUUGAAUUUUUGCGUAUUUUGUUUUUAAAUAAAUUUCUGCUUCAAUACUUUAGCAUGGAGAUUAAGUACUAAUGAAGCAUUGCUAGUCUUCGAUUAAUCCCUUAAUCAUGUUUCAAGCACAUGUAGGCAUUCACUCCAGUGAGGGAAGUGACGAAAGUUUAGUUAAAGAACCAGAGGAGGAAGAAGAAGAAGAUGAGGAAGAGUCACCCAGCGGAGACGAAGGGUCCUCUAACGAGGAACAUCAAUCAGAAAACGAUGAAACAAUCGAUGAUGCUGCGGACUCAAACAAUGAUCAUCACGAGAACGAACACGAUGACGAAGACGAUAAUGAUGAUGACGACGACGACGACGACGAUGAAGAUGAGGAUUGAUUUGCUUUAUUACGUCACAGCUUCCUUAGAUGAACGUAGGGAAUGGAUAGUUGGAACAGAAUCAUAGUUCGAUCAAGUCAUUGUUUUUGUAAUCA